GCCGUCACAACCCAAUGUCAUAGGCCGCAGCACGCCAGCAGCAUGCGAUGGAUCUUGGCAGCGCUGCUCUGCGCCGGCACCCGCGCGACGGGCAAAGGGCCGGUGGGCAUCUAUGUCAUUGACGACCGCUACGCCGCGGUCGCGGACUCGAACGCGAAUGCGUUGUUAAUCGUAGACGUAUUGCGAGGCGGCGUCGCUGGGAGCCGGCGCUGGCCCUCGCCCAAAAAUGACACGAAGGAGUGGUACUCGCUCACGGGCGUGGCGAGCUGCGCCAACUGCAGCUUCGCGUACCUCACGACCAACCACGGCCCCGCAUUCUGGCGCAUGGAUUUGACGAAGCCGCUCGCCGCCCUGGCGCACGCCGACGAUUUUGCUGAUUUAGCGCGCGCGACGCUCGUCGAGCUGCCGUGCCUCCGUUCCCUGGACGCCAACACGCGCAUGGUGGCCCUCAAGCGAGACGGGUCGGUCGGGUUCGUGGCCCUCAAGGCCGCGGGCGUGGCGGCCUUCGCGCCCCGCGCUAUUCAUGCGUCGGCGAAACGGUGCGACUCCUUGAACGUGCGCCUCGUCGCAUCCAAGGACGCCAUGCGGGGGGGCAAGACCUUCGCCGGGCUCGCGUUGAGCCGCGACGACGCGACGUUGUACGUCACGGCCGAGAACGGCGUCUUCUCCAUCCGGGCGACCGGCACUUUCCAGAAGCGGGCCGAGAAAUUAACGGGCGAGCCCGCGUGCGGCCUCCACAACGUCCACCUCCGGGAGACGGCCCCGCAAAAUGGCCACCUGUACGUCGUGGGCCACCCCUCCGCCGAUAACGCGGGCAUGGCCGUCUACCGCUUGGGAAAGAAAAAGGGCGCGUGCGCGCUCGUCGCGGGCGACGUCAACAAGCACGAGGACUGGCGCGACGGCGCGGGCGCCGCCGCGCGGUUCAGCCGGCCGCACCAGAUGGCGGCGUUCCGCGCGAACGAGCUGCUCCUCACGGAUAUUGAUAACCGCGCGGUGCGACGAAUCACGCUCGCCGACGGGCGCGCCUCGACCGUGCCCUACGACAACAACCACUUGUACACGGAACUCUGGCGAUUGGGCGGUCCACAGCGUCACGACCAUGGACAGUACGUUUACCCGCUGGGCGACCGGUUCCCGUCAACACACGCGACGCCUCUCAGUGAGGCGGACCGCAACCGCGACGUCGGCGUGGAUCCCGCGCCGGACAACGAGUCGGCGACCGCGGCGGCGGCGGCCGCCGCCUGCGCGGCCCGCGGCGCCGCGCUCUGCCCGCCCGCCGCGCUGCGCGACGACGGCGUGCUGGGGCGCCUCCGGCGGAGCGCCGCGUGGACGAGUCAGAGCUGCCAUUCCUGCUGGCUCCACUGGCCGGGCGAGUGUCCGAGGCCCAAGGCCCACGAGCAAGCAAAGAAGCGCACCUCCGCCGCCUGGGGCGCCGGGUACCAGAUGGUCGCGCGCGUUGGCGCGGGGGAUGUUCGCUUCGAGUGCACGGAUGUGAAGAAAAAGGUCGGGACGAGGCCCCUCUGCUGCAGCAGUUCCAACGGACCGGCCGCAUAAUUGUGAUGUUUGAAUGGUUAAACUUAACGUCUGCG